GAUCUCAGCGUGAGUUUGUUGCGGUUGCUUCGGCUCGUUGCUUGAUUGUUCUUCAUUGGCUCACACUGGAUUAGAGAUCACCUCGCCGAGCUUUGUCGGCAGGGAGGAGUCGCGUGGCGUCUGCUACACACACGGGCAUCUCGACUUCACAAACACCUUCCCCACUCCUCUAGGACUAAUAAGGACAAAAGGACGGAGGAGUUCCACCGUGGGAAAGACGGAGCCGCGGACAGACGCUGGCCACUAAUCUCAGGCAGUCAGUGACUGACAUCAAGCCAAGGGAGACACAUUUUAUAACUGGCUGGCGUUGAGAGCAGCCUGAGGACAGAGGCUUGGGUCUCGGAAGGAUUCAGCUCUGAAUGCAUGCAUUUCUCAUAGUGUAUUGUGUGCGUGUAGUAUUAAUGUAUCCAAACAAUAGGCAGUUUGGAGAGGGGAAGUAAGAGCUUGUAAUACACGCUUCCCUUGCGUCUGCCAGCCAGCCGGUGGAGAUAGGAAAGCUGAAGUCCCGUUUCAUACAGCUGGACACUUUUGAACCGUUUUACUGCUUGACUUUGUUUUUACCGAGAGAUUGAGAGAUUUACCGACCUAUGUUGAUUAAUUAAAUCCCUCGUUUUAGUUAACAAUCAGCUCUCGGAUUCUCUCCAGGGACUGCAGGCGCUUCAAACAACUGGUCGUUUUUAGUUCCAUAUUUAUUACUGUGGAUGGAAUACGAUAGAUGUGCAUUUUCCAGGGAAGAGCAGCUUAAUGUGUGACUUUAUAAUCUAAUGAUUUUGUGUAAACCCUGACAGAAGUUUUCAACAACUUCCUGCUUUAGUUUCUCUCGAGUCGGAGUGUUAUUGUCAUAAAGAUUAUGGCAGCCGUUGUAAAUUACUCUCCUCCAUGGUGGGUUAACCUUCUCCACAGACUGCCUCACUUUAAUUUGCAGUUUGAGCAAACCAGCAGUGACUUUCGCCCAGAGGACUCCUCAUACCAGCAGUCCAUCUUGCUGCUGGGCAGUGUAGCUCUAGCAUGCUUGGCCUUGGACCUCUUCUUUCUCCUCAUCUACUCCUGCUGGCUGUGCUGCCGCCGUAAGAAGAGCGAUGAGCAGCCAAACGCAGACUGCUGCUGCACCGCCUGGUGCGUCAUCAUCGCCACCCUCAUCUGCAGUGCCGGCAUUGCUGUUGGUUUCUAUGGCAAUGGUGAGACCUGUGAUGGUGUGAAUCGGCUUACCUACUCCCUCCGUCAUGCCAACCGUACCGUGUCCGGAGUGCACAGACUGGUGACAGAAAGUACAUCAGCUCAAAGCCAGACUGUGGACGAGAACCUUCGGAUGCUGAAGGAACAGUAUGCAAAGCACACAGACUACCUGUCCAUCAUACAGAAACUCCAGGAUCAGCGGAGCGAGCUGGUUCGUCAGAUGGCUGACAUUCCCUUUUGGAGAAAUCCCAGCAUCUCCCUGGAGGAUCUGGCAACUCAGAUUGAACUAUAUGACUGGUACAGGUGGCUGGGCUACCUGGGUCUGCUGCUGUUUGAUGUGCUCAUUUGUCUGCUGGUGCUCUUCGGCCUCGUCCGUAACUCCAAAGGAACUCUGAUUGGGGUGUGUUUUCUGGGUGUGUUGGCGCUGGUAGUCAGCUGGGCCUCACUGGGUCUGGAACUGACUGUCUCCUCGGGUUUCAGUGACUUCUGUGCAGCACCGGACAUGUACAUAACAAAGGUGUCAGAGCAGAACAUGCUUAUCAAAGAAGAUAUCCUGCAGUAUUACCUCGUUUGUAACAUAGGUCAGGUCAACCCCUUCCAACAGAUGCUGUCAGGAAGUCACAAAGCACUGGUGGAAAUGCAGGACGAUGUGUCAGAACUUCUGCGCUCUGCAGUCCGGGAUUUCCCCAAAACAAAGGGAAACCUUGAGCAAAUUCAGGGGGGGUUGAACACCACUGAAGUUGGACUGCACCAGCUCACUGCUCUUGUGGACUGUCGCAGUUUGCACAUGGAUUAUGUGCAGGCAUUGACCGGAGUGUGUUAUGAUGGACUAGAGGGUCUGAUCUACCUGGUGCUGUUCUCGUUCAUCACAGCUCUCAUGUUCACCUCUGUCGUGUGCAGUGUGCCACACACAUGGCAUGGCAAAAGGCCUGAAGAGGACAGUGAGGAGGAGUCCAUGGCUCAUGGAGGAAGACAGAAUCAUGAUAACCUGUACCGGGUGCACAUGCCCAGUCUCUACAGCUGCGGCAGCAGCUACGACAGUGAGACCAGCAUCCCUGCAGGAGCACACACUGUCAGCAACGCUCCUGUCACUGAGUACAUGACCCAGAAUGCAAACUUCCAGAACCCUCGUUGUGAGAACACUCCUCUGAUCGGGAGAGAAUCUCCUCCUCCAUCUUUAUAUUUGACAUCCACGGACAGUAACAGCCGUCACAGCUGGCAGUUAAAGCCAUCGGAGAGUUCCCGCUCGUUUUGGUAACGGCCUCAGCUAUUCCAACAGUACACAUCCAGCAUGAGGGCCAAGUACCUGGCCAACACCCGGACCGACCCCAACAGCGGUUCCUCAGCAAACUAGAGAAACACGGUCUCCUUUCCCUUCAGUCUAAAGCUCCCACUCAUCCACAUGUUGUUCCCACAGCCCAGACCAGUUUCACCCCAGGCCCACCCAUCCAGCCAUGUUGAACUUUGAUGCGUGCUCUCCAACCCAGCUGAUAAAGGACGCCCUUGCAUCAUGUAAAUACUGCUGUCAGAGGAAUGUCCCAGAGGUCUCUUGUGCUGUUUCCAGAUGACUGGUUCAGUUCAGGCAGCUAGUAGGGUUACUCUCAGUCCUGGCUGCUUAUGUGUGAGUGUCUGUAAUGAUAUGAACUUCAUUACCUGCAGGUACUUUGAGUGAUGUGUGUGUGUGGGGGGGUUGAUCCAUGCUGCCCUUGCUCAUUUGUGGUGCUCUUGGCAGAGGUUCAGAAAGGUCCAGAACUGAAGAACUGGAUGGGGUUUAAUGCCCAUAACCCUACAUUCCUGCGUGGCCUCUGUCCUCUGCUCAUUUAAAGUAAUGUGACCUUUUCCAUUUGCAGGACAUACUGGCACAUCCCGACUCUACAGUUUACAUUAGUGGCAUCUACUGUAAUACAACUGAACAGAUCUAAUCUGAAUAGCAUGAGAGCAAUGAGAAUUUUCCCAGAAUUCUAUAAUUGGGUUCCACUUGUUUAGGCUUAGAUAGCAGUUUUUAAAUUUAACAGUAGCUGCUCUAAUGAAAUGGUGAGAGAGAAACAUGCUUUAUGCUAGUAAACAAAUUCAAACGCCAAGAAUGUAUUGAUUGAUUGUACAUGCUUUGGCAAUAACCUCGAUACUCAGAGGUUACAGAGCCAGAUGUUAUAAGUAGAUUUAUUCACUGAAUUUCUAAUAUAGUCUACAUAAAUGAGUGAAAGAAUUAAAGCGUUAUGAAUGCCGCCGUCUGGCAA